GGAGCUGCAGCAGAGAGGAGUAGGACGCACACUCGGGAUGCCCUGACAACUGACGCUCCUGGAGGUUUGUGGAAAUAUGAUGUUGCCCGGUGGAAAUGAUGGAUGCAACAGACUCCAGUGACCCGUACAGCCGCCCGGCGCGCAGGACGCAAUGGAUAGUCAGCACCCUGGCUUACCAUUACGGACUGGACCGGGGAGUGGAGAACGAGAUCAUAGUGCUGGCCACCGGCCUGGAUCAGUACCUGCAGGAGAUCUUCCAUCAUAUGGACUAUCAGGGGGGAGGCAGGAUCCCCGUGGAGGACUUCAACAUCCUGUGUGAGCUCCUGGGACUGAACAAAGACUCGGAGGACUCGGAGUGCGCCGGAGUUUUGAACAGUUUACCCAACGAGCUCACCUUCAGGCACUUCCACGCCAAACUGUGCGGACACUUCAGCACCAAGGCGGGGUGUCACUACGAGAACGGCCGGCUGCUGGUCGGGAAGGACAGCGAGCAUAUCGAGACUCAGAUCCGCCUCAGGAGCCCCCUGAAGCGGCAAAAGAAGCUGCUGUGUGUGGGUGCGAGCGGCGGCUCCUGUCCCUCCGAGGAGGGGCGGCACGCCUCCGGCUGCAGGGUCGGCUCCUGCACCAAGGAGUGCUACGAGGAGAUAGUAGCUCUGGAGGAGGCCGAGGACCGGAUUAGCAAACUGGAGGAUGAGAAUGCAAGUUUGAGGGAGCUGAUCGAGGACAUGAGAGCUGCACUUCAGAGCAGUGAUGCCCGCUGCUUGGCCCUGCAGGUAGGACUAUGGAAGAGUCACUCCAAACACAAACCAGAGGACGGCUGUUUUGUGGCCAGCCAGAAACAAGUUUCCCUUGCGAGCAACGGCAACCUGAAAAGUAGCACCUACAGCAACCUUAAGAGCCUGCAGAACAUCAUCCACGAGAUCGAACUGCUGCAGAACUCCAGAGACCGACAGGCUGAGGAAGCCCUGUUGUGCAAUGACAGACUGGAGCAGGAGCUGUGGAGCUCCAAAGAGACUGUAGCCGCUCUGGAGGACUGCAACCGAUCUCUGAAGAGGGAGCAGGUGGGCAUGAGGCGGAAGGUCGAGGAGGCCAGGCAGGCGCUUCUCAGUGGACUGGGUAAAGUGAAGGAACUGGAGGCCAAGGCCAAUCACGUGCCAGUGCUGCAGAGACACAUCCUCCAGCUGGAGUCAGAGCUCCUCUACUACAGGUCAGAGGUGUCAAAACUACAACUCCCAGGCUGCACCAUGGCAGAGCAGCAGCUGACCGUUGGCAGCAGCAGGCCGGGCCAGAGAUGCUGCCCGGAUUCGCAACACGACCGCUGUUCCCCGACAGGGCGCGCUGUGACCACGCCUGACAAAAUGGAGGAGCAGCUGUUUCGAUCGGUGGAGGGCCAGGCCGCCUCUGACGAGGAAGAGGACAAGUGGAGCAGGGAUCAGCAGAAGCAGGUGGACGAGGUGAAGCGGAUCUUGACCAGGCUGUCCUGCUGUGGAGACAGGUGCGACGACAAGGCAUUCAAGAAGCUGCUGUCCAACUUCGGGAGGUCGAGGAGCGAGGAGAGCUGCAGUGCUGUGCUGGAGCUGCUGGAGAGAGUGACCAGGCUGCACAAGCAGCUGGAGCAGAAGGAGAGCCAGGCAGAGAUAGACAUGGACCAGAUGAAGGAUUCUUUGGUCCAGGAGCUCCAGCAGAAGGCCGAGGAGACCGAGCUGCUUCAGAUGGAGCUGCAAAUGUUGGAGACAGAGAGGGUUCGUCUGUCACUGGUGGAGGAGAAACUCGUGGACAUUCUGCAGCUCCUCCAGCAGCUCAGAGACCUGAACGUCUCGCGAAGGUCCCUCGGGAAAAUCUUGCUCAGCACUUUGGAGUCUUGCAGCGACCCACAACACGGGAAAGCCCACAUUCUGGAGGUGCUCAACGCUCUCUACCAUGAACUUGCUGCCUGUGAGAUUCUGUCCACUGGUGGACCUCUGCAGCGAACACAGAGUCAGCAGUCCCUGAACGCUCUCAUCGUCUCCUGCUAGACAACACCGCCUCCUGCUGGGCCAGUCUGCUGCCAACAGCUUUCCUUCAGGAUACCAGAAGCUUAAUCAGUGGUCAAAAAACAGGCUGAUUGAUGUGUACAGUGUAUUAUUAGUGUAUUAUAUUGUAGCUUAUACUCCUGUCAUCUAUAAAGGGAAAUUAGUCUAGAGAGGGCUUUAUUACUGUUAAAGUAAAUUUUUGCUUUUAUUUCUUUCCUAAUCCAUAAAGAUGUCUUUAUUUUUCCACAAAUAGUUUUGAAUGUGAAAAUGUUGAAAUAAGCUAAACAUUAAAUAGGCAUGAAGUUGUAUCAACCACCUGGAAUGAUAACAUGUCAGAUAACUUAAGGAAGCUGCAGCUCAAUGUAUGUGCUUCAUUCAUCUGCAUAUUAAGAUUAAAUAUAUCACAACACCUUUAAAAUGCUUUGUCAUAACAAAAACACAAUGACAAAACAUACCGAGUCAUGCAGCCUAUGUCUGGCCAAAUUUUGAAAAACUAUUGGUUUCAACCACUGGGAAGCCUCAGCGUUGUUUGAUACUACAUGUACAUGAGUGAUGUUGGGAAUUACGUCUCCAGGAUACUUUGUACAUGCACAGCACAUAUGAUAUAAUAAAACAGCUUUAGCUUGAAAUCUUUCUGAAACAUGAAUCUUAUGAGUUGGAUCAGUUACAUUGUCAUUGCUGUCAUGCCUUGCAAACAAAACCACUCACUGAUGUCACUGACUCAUGUCAUUAAAGCCUUUCAGUUCUGCAGAA